UUAAACCCCUCUACGAAUCCUAAAACCCAAAACCCUAACCCUAACUCAAGCUUCUCUUCAAUGGCAAUCCUGCAAACCCUCCGCACCUACGAGCUUCGUCUUCUCCACUGCACACUUUCACCCAAUCAAGCCCCACCUCUUUCCACUCCCCUUCAAACCUCAAUCCAAACCCUCCUCCAAUCAAUCGAAUCAGGCCAAUACACCAAAACCCUAACCCCCAAUUCCGCCCCUUUCCUCUUCAAUCUCAACAACCCAUCUCCCCCAUAUUCCAAUUCAAUCACCAAUCACAUCAAUUCGUUCUUAAUUACACAAACCACCGAUUCAACAAGCCCUGAAGAAAGAGCAUUUCUUGUAUUUCUUGUUGCAGUUUCAGCCUUUUUAGCUUUCAUACAGUCGAAUGUCACAGGGCCACCCGAAACAUUGCCGGGUUUGUUUUCGGGUAUGGCUAAAGAGGAUGUGGAAGUUUGGGCAAGAAAUGAGGUUAUGGCAAGCGGGUCUGAUUUGUUGGGGAAGUUUGUUAAUUUGGAAUAUAUUGUUUUUGCUAAAUUGUUGUUGUUGAGUGUUAGAGAUUAUUUGCAACAAAAUAUUAAUGUCGGUUUUGCAACGAGUUCAUUGUGGUUGGCUAGGGUGUUAUUGGUUCAGCAGAAGCUUCUUGAUGGGCAUUCGUCGGUUAUAUAUGAGAAGUUGAAAGAGGUGUCUGCUGAAAGUUUGGGUCAUUUCGGUGAUUUGAAGAAAGUGGCGACGUAUUGGGUGGGGGCGGAAGAAACGGUUUUGAGUGAUAUUGUGUCUAUGGUGCAUUUGGAAUUGGGGAUUAUUGAGUUUAGAUAUGGGCGUGUUGAUUCAUCGAAGGUGCAUUUUGAAACAGCGGAGAAGGCGUCUGGGCUUUCGCUUUCGGUUAGUGGUGCGAUGGGUUUUCGAACUGUGCAUCAAGUGGAUCCGAAAGCGCAGCUUCGUCUUUUCGCGGAUAGUUCGGGUUCUAAAACCGGUCUAUCUGAUGUCAACGGUUUUGUGGCGGAUAAAGAUCGUCAGGUUAACGAAGCGUCUGAUGUGUUGUUGACUCCUAGGUUUUUAGAGCAUAACAAUGAAGGUUCCGGUAGUUUGAAUCCGGUUCAACAAGCCUUGAUUUUGGCGCAGUGUUUAUUAAUCGAAAAGAACACUCCGCAUGAUGAAAUGCAGAGGUGGGAUAUGGCUCCGUAUAUAGAGGCUAUCGAUUCUCAGCCUUCGUCUUUGUAUAUUAUUAGAUGUUUCUGUGACUUGUUGCGUAUAAGAUGGGAGAAAACGCGUGGCAGAACCAAAGAACGCGCUCUUUUGAUGAUGGAGAAAUUGGUUCAAGGAGUUUACGAGUCUGUACCUAACAUUGCAGAGAGAAUACGUUAUUGUUUUUGUGUCGAUUUACCUGCUAUUCCGUCUCUUCGCAAGGAAUAUGCAGAUCUUUUGGUUAGUUGUGGGCUAAUCGGUGAGGCUGUGAAAAUAUACGAGAAUCUCGAACUAUGGGAUAAUGUUAUCUUUUGUUACCGUUUAUUAGAAAAGAAAGCUGCUUCUGUAGAGCUGAUUAACACGCGUCUUUUGGAACGACCAAAUGACCCAAGAUUGUGGUGUUCGUUGGGUGAUGUUACGAACAACGAUUCAUGUUACGAGAAAGCGUUGCAAGUUUCUGAAAACAAGUCCGUAAGGGCAAAACGGUCACUUGCACGCAGUGCUUACAACAGAGGAGAAUACAAAAAAUCAAAACUUUUAUGGGAAUCUGCGAUGGCGUUAAAUUCGUUGUACCCGGAUGGGUGGUUUGCACUUGGUGCAGCGGCGUUGAAGGCUCGGGAUCUUGAAAAGGCGUUGGAUGCUUUUACACGAGCGGUUCAGAUCGAUCCUGAUAACGGGGAGGCGUGGAACAAUAUCGCUUGUUUGCAUAUGACCAAGAAAAGAAACAAAGAGGCAUUAAUUGCGUUUAAAGAAGCGUUAAAGUUCAAACGAGAGAGCUGGCAAAUGUGGGAGAAUUACAGUCAGGUUGCAGUAGAUAGUGGCAAUUUCGGGCUUGCAUUGGAAGCUACCCAGAAAGUGUUGACCUUGACCAACAAUAAACGAUACGAUGUUAAGUUAUUAGACAGUAUAAUGCUCCAGAUCGAAGGGAAAAACAAAACCGAUGAUGUAGAUUCUGUUGUAAAUGGUGAUGGUGAGUUGGUAUUAGAAAGACGUCGAGAAAUAGAGCAGUUAACCGAUUCGAUCGGUAAGAUUUUGCAGCAAAUUGCCAAAAGUGGUGGGGACGGGGAGAUUUGGGGAUUAUUCGCAAGGUGGCAUAAACUCAAAGGGGAUCUGUUAAUGUAUUCGGAAGCGUUAUUAAAGCAAGUUAGAUCAUAUCAAGGAUCUGAGUUAUGGGUAGACAAGGAACGCUUCAAGAAAUAUGCACGUGCUUCGUUAGAACUGUGUAAUGUUUUUGUUGAAAGUGGGUCACCUAAACGGGCUGAGACGCAUCUCAAGAGCACUAUUAAACAGGCUUCUUUGAGGUUUUCGGAUACUGAUGAAUUUAAGGAGCUCCAGUCUCUUUUUGAAAAGUUGCAAGCGGUUUUGCAGGCUAAUUCGGUUCCUUCUGCGUAAAAGAGGUGAUGUUAAUGGAUUUUGAGUUCAUAUUCUUGAUGUUGUCACUGAUUUACUCUAUUUAUUUGGUGGUUUGUAUGUGAUAUUAAAGAUUUUUGCUUACGAUCUUUUUGUUCCAACAUGUUUGGUCGUUGCUUGCUAAAA